CUGGUCGACCAGCCAAACCGUAAUCUGAAGUUCAUAGCUUUCCAAAACACUCGAUCGCUCAACAUAAUAUCAAAAGAAAUGAAGAAGAACGCCUCUCUUUCGUCGCCAUACUCGUCAUCUCAGUAUAAAGAGAGCUAAAGCAAUUUCUUAAACUAUGUAUGUAUACUCGUAUGUAAAUAUGCUUCCACCACGGCACUCACGAUCAGCUGUGACAGUUUCAUUUCAAAAUUCAAGUGUUCUGCACGACAAUUUGAAAAAUUCACAAAAAUUUCACUUGUGCUCACCACAAUACGACGGAAGGCACACCUUUCCACAGUGAGGCUAACAAUAACAACAAACGCAAGCAGCUGCAGUGUGUAUAAAACUGAGAAAUUGUCCUUCAACGACAAGAACAGCGAUAACUACUUAGAAUCACAACAAAAACUCUUAAUAAACAAAAAUCACCUACAAAAACAAUAACAAUAAACCCAACACAUAAAAAAGAAGCAUCGAAAACGGCUUGCUCUGUCGCGAUUUUUACGCCAAUUAAUUGUAAACACUCAAUAUCAAACACAACAACAAUAAUAACAACAACAACAACUACGACAUACAUUCACAUUCACAAAAUAAGAACAAAAAAAAAAACAACAAAGAGAACAAAUCAAACUAACGCAAGAUGAAUUUAAUGUUUCGUAAGCAUUUUCGCGAAGGUGGGGGUGGAAAAUCUGGUGGCGGCGGCAGUAAACUGCAACCGAAGGCCAAUCGUACCAAGCGAUCGCGUGAAAUGAGCGGCGGCCAACAGGAGGAUAUCCAUUAUCGGACACAUUUAUUCUUUGCACCCAGUCGUCCGGGCGUGGAUGUGGGCGAAGAACUCAUUGCAGAAAGGUGCACUGCCUUAUCGGGUGCGUGCACACAGUUAUCGACCACCACAACAUCACUUUCACUUCCACCUCAGCAAUAUGAAGUGGACGCACCGCAACCGCUAGUCGAUCGCAAGCCGUCCAUAUCUCUCUUAAGAUGGAAUAAUAGUGUUAGAGAACGCAAUGGUCAGGUUGCUACGGUACUAUCGAAUGCAGCAGCAGCGACGACGGCGCGCUUUCAAGCUGCCAGGCAAGUUAAUUUUGAUAAUGGCGCCGGCACCUCAACUGCCGUGCGCUCCGAACCGAUUUCGUUGUCAGCAUUGGAUCGUGAUUGCUUCAUUAUACCGGUGCAUAGCGUCGAUCGUUUUCUGCCAGCGGGUAUACCGUUGCCCGCACCCUCGGCUGAUGGCAAAACUAAUAGUCCACUCAGCAUACUAGAGGUCUCCGAUCCGAAACUGUGCAUUUUGGUACACUUGAUGAGUCCUUUGGAGCCCAUCGAUCCAAUGUUAGAGUCACCACUCUCUCAUCCAUUGCUGAAGCAACGCGCUGUGGCUGCGGAACUCGUCUCGGAGGUACAGCAAGCAAACACGGCGGUGGGUGGCAUGUUACUGGCCAAUAUGGAGAAGAAUGCGGAUUUCCCCUUCAUAUCGUACUAUUUAAUCAACACCACACAAACGGAUCCAUCUAAUUUUUACUCGGGCAUACGCGUCUCAUCACUAUCGAAAUUCGAGCCAAAAGCACUCAAAUAUACUGCCGCUCAUACUUUGGACUUGUACAGCGAAGUGGCUGCCAUUUGCCGUCCGCCAUUGGUAUUGGCGCCAAAUGAAAGUGGUAGCUUUAAGAAGACACAAACGCCAGCAACAGGCUACAUAAUCAGUGUAUUUAAGGUUUUUGAGGGUGACGAUGGCGAGCGUUUCGAAAAGAAUUGGCUUUACUGGACGGGUGCGCGCAUGUUAUAUCGUUAUCUACCACGCGCUGCCGGUUUGCGUCGCAUUGCCCUACAUAAGAGUACCUCGCAACGAGGUGAUAAAAUGUAUUUGUUGGUGUGUGAAUGCGCUGACUUGCUCAAGGAUAUCUCAUCAGCUGCCUUUCUGAUUCCUGCAUUAAGAGCGCGCCUAUGCGGCUAUACAGGACUUUACAAGCCAAUACAAGUGUUCUAAAAGGAUGCGGAAGAUGAAAAAGUAAAAUUAAAACCAAAAAACAUUUUUAAUAAAAAGAAUUAAAAUAAUAUAUAGUAAAUUGGAACAUAAAGGCAACAGUUGUAUACCAAAAGACAAACAUACAAAUGUGGUAAACAAAGUGAUAAAAUUUUUCUAAAAAAUUAAAAAAGUGAAAUAAAAAUAAAAUUAAAAAUAAAAUAAAAUUAAUUAAAAACGAUUCUAGCAUACGCAUGAAGAUAUCAGAAAAAAUAGUUUUUUUUAUUACUAGAAAAAUGUUAAAAUUAAUUUAGCACAGCCUAAAGUAGCUGAGAAUAUGAUGGAGUUUAUAAAAUUAACGAGAUAUUACGACCCAUUGCAAGUUUUAGUAAAAUUCUGAAUUAAAAUGUAGGAAAUAAAGUUAAAGUAAAUCAUUGAAACGUAAGCAAAUUAUGACAAAGUUAAUAAAAAAAAAAUAUUUUAAUAAA